AUGUGGGGGCUUUUGUACCUGUUUUUGACGCUUUGUCAGCCACUCUGCUGUCAGGCUGAGGCCACAGCUGCUCCUGUCACCCCUCAGAGCUGCAGUCUGGACUGUAUCCAGCAGGGCGGUCCAGCAUGUGAAUACUGCAGAAUAACCAGGAGUGAUGUCAGAAAGUAUUUUUCUCAUUAUUCCUCUUCAGGUUGUAUUCCAUGGCCAUGUUUUGAGCUGCUGGGAGAUGAAGACCCUAAAAUCUGUCAACACUACGUCCAAGCACCAAAUGAUGUGAAGGUUGAGUUUUUAAAUGACUCAAACUCCCAAUCUGACACCAUCAUUGUCUCCUGGAAACCCAGUUACUAUGGGAUCGCCUUCCUUCGUGGCUUUCAGGUGUCCCUCCAGGCUCUGGGAGGGACUAGCGUUGCCUGUCAGCUCUUUCUCUUCCACCGCAACUUAUCCCUCCCAGCUUCACAUGCUCAACGGGCGUACAAGUCAGACCCGUUCCCCGGCCUCUCCCUUGGAUCCCAGUAUGCUGUUACUGUCAUGGCUCUGCCAGUGCCUGAGGAGUGGGAGAGGUUCUACCGCAGUGAGAUCUUCUCUACAAGAUCAUGUGCAGAGAAGAAUGGCUUUGAGCAGUGUAAAAAUGACUGGUACCCUGAACAUAUUGAGGUUCAGCAGGAAGGCAGCGCCAUCACUGUGACCUUUAACUUGGCUCCCCCAAAUCUGGGAAUAAGAAGCUACUUCUCGCUGUGUUACACAAAUGGCAGGAAAAAAUACACCGACAUAAUACCUGAUCUGACUACAAAUAAAACUCACCAUAGCUAUCAGCUGAGUGGCCUUCAAGAAGGAACCAAUUACACCUGUGAGAUUGCAGCUAAUGAAGUGGAUGCAGUUAGGAAAAUGUUCAAUGUUCAUGUCAUGCACACUCAGAAAGAAGAUGCCUCUCCACACUCUGUCACGCCCUCCUUGGCUUUUAUUCUUCCUCUGACUCUGGUCGCGGUAGCCGUACUUGGAGGCUGUCUGGCUAUUGUCAUUAGGAGGAGGACCAAGCUGCAGAUGAAGAAAUUUGACAUACAACUAGAUAUCAUCAACAAACACGAGGAAGUUGGGAAUCAGGAAGAAUUGGUAUCACUGCGCAAAAACAGGCCGACCCCUCCUCGUCUCCUGAUUUGCUACAGCAGCUAUGACGGCCCCGCUCAUGUCAAAGCUGUCAUGCAGUUAGGUGUCUUCAUACAGCAGCACAUGGCCACUCAGGUAUAUCUGGAUCUUUGGGACUCUCUGAGCGUGGCUGAGGAAGGCAGCAUGGCUUGGCACUGCCGGCAGAUCCGGGAAAGUGACUUUGUCUUGGUGAUGUGCUCUAGGGGCUUUAACCAAAGACCCAAGCCAGAGGAUGAUGAUGGUGAUGAAGAUCAGGCCUACAGCUCUGAUGCAAUCAUCCAGCUUAUUGGUGCGGAGGUGGGCCGAGCCAAAGCCCGGGGCCGGGACCUGUCCAAAUACAUGGCAGCCAUUUUCGAGUACUCAGAGGAGACAGACAUUCCCACUGAACUGAGGCUCAUUUCUCACUACGUACUGACAAGUGACUUACCACUGCUCUUCUCCCACCUCCAUGGAGUGGCCCUGCACAGGCCUGGGGCUUACCUUAAGAUAGACCACAUCUCAGAGAAAGGCUUUGCCAAGGUGCCGGCUGGAGCUGCUCUGCAGUGGGCUAUCUAUGAGGCUGGAAUGGCAUUGGAGGGAAAAGGACAGCACUCUCUGGAAGAAGGGGACUAGAUAGUGAAGAAGGGACUUACACACCCUCGGUUAAUGAUAGUUCUCAGCUCAAUAUGUGAUAGUUGAAUGAAACUGUGAGUUUACACCUCAAAUGUGAGGAGUGGAUCUACACCUGUGCCUCAGCACACACUAUGACCUCUGCAAUGCCUUAAUAUGCAACAUUAUCUUUGUAUAACAUCUUGUAUGCACCCAGUAUUAUGUGUC